CGGGAGGAGGUUCCGCUCUUUUCCUGUUGUGAUUGAACUGGACGACCGAGACGUUUCACUGAAUUUAAAAUACGAUAACUCUUAACACCUGAACAUAUUAAGUCUCCAUAUUGUAAAAAUAUAAAUGUAUAUAUUAUUACCACCACGUUAGGAAGCUAAAAGACUGUAGUGACCAAACAGUGGAGUAGCUAUAGACUUUUAGUUAGCUAGCUAGCUACCCAAGGUUGUAUUGAAGUCUGAGAGAAAUCAACAAUUAAAAAAAAAGUAAAAACGAGACAUAAAAUCAGAAGAUAUAAAUGUCUAAUUGUCGUUAAACAGUGGAAUACAUUCUGAAUACAGCGAUGGACUAAACUCGGGCUCGCUGUCUGUUAGCUACAGCGCUAUCUUCUAUCCGGGUGUUUUUGUCCCCGCUGGUCAUUGGUGGGAGUUAGCCGGCUGGUCCCGUUGGGCUUGUUUCUCUCACACACUGAUGUCCCGAUGGCUGUGCGCUGGUUAUGCAGCCUUUUUGGGAAGCCCUUUGAUGGUGGGAAGAGGACAAUGGAUCAUGGCAAUCAGCAGCAGCAGCAGACUCAGCAGAUGCCGGGGCCAUUCCAGGCAUUCGCCGGGCCCCAGGGCCCAUAUCCUGGGCAGCACCCCACCCUGGCGCGGAUAGACGAGCUUCAAAGGGAGGUGGCCGCACUGGGUCCGCAAGUGUGUUCCUUCAGUGGCCUGCAGAGCGACAGAGAUUACAAGCGGCUGGAACGAGAGCUGACAAGGCUUCAAAUGGAGGUCGAUCAGGUGGAGACGGAAGGCCGGAUGGAACUGCAGCAGGCUCGGAAGCGAGUAGCAGGAGAGGUUGAGGGGCUGCUACGCUACCUGGAGGGCAAUGCCACUCACCCAUCACGACUAGCCAUUGAGGAGCUGAGUCGGGAGGCUCAGCGUCUGUUGCUGGCUGGGGUGGUUGCGCCAUUCCGACAGGGCCAGGCCCAGGAUACCUCCGAGAGUGGUGAGGAGCUGGUGGAGGCUGUGCAGGAUGUGGCCAUGCGGCUGGCCCAAGUGAAGACCGGAGGAAGUGUACCUCUGAGGAAAGCUCGUUACCGAGCUCUUACACGGGUCUGUGCUGUACAGGAAGUGCUGGAGGGCCGGGUACGCAUGCACACACUCGCGCUGCCUUUGUCUGAGGAGACGCAUGAAGCCGUGCAGCGCAUCAACCAAGUGAUGGUGCAGGUGAGUGGCGCCCGCUGCCAGCUGGUAGCACUACUGAUGGGCCUGAGUGGGCGUGACAGCUGUGCCCAUUUAGCGCGCGUUCUCACGGAGCUGCUGGUGGAGCUUGAUGCACUGGACGUGUCCAGUAACUCAGCGGUCAGAAACUAUAGGAAACAAGUGGUGGAGGAGAUUAAUGGCCUGCUCAAACACAUCGACCUGGAGGGGGAGGGAGAUGACACUUACAGGUAUGACUUGGCGCAAAACGAUUCCAUCCGUGAGAUCGAGACUAUCCGGGGGCGUGUCUCUGUACUCCGUAUAGAGGUUCUCCGACAGGGUGUAGCAGGACAAGGGGCGGAGCUUCAGAGUCUUCUGACUCGUCUGGACCAAGUGGACACAGGGCGGAACCCCUGCAUCAGGGAGGCUCGCCGAAGGGCCGUGCUAGAAAUCCAGGCUGUCAUCACCUACCUGGACCUCCACGAAGCGCUUGGUCGCCGAAAUCCCGGCUCGGAUGAGCCCCUGCCUCAUGCAGCUGUGUGGCGUGUCCUGGCCAGCUUGUCCGACCUGCAGGCCCAGGUGCUGGGCUUUGACGGCAAGAGAGCCGACAAGAGCUACAUGAUGCUUGAGGAGCUGCUAACCAAACAGCUACUGGCACUGGAUGCCGUGGACCCUCAGGGGGACCCAGGAACGAAAGCGGCCCGUAAACAAGCAGUCAAAUACGCCCAGAACAUCCUCAACUACCUUGACAUGAAGACUGACGAGUGGGAAUAUUGAGCUGGAGAGGAGAACGAGUGCCGAGUUUUGGAAUGAUUCAUUUGGACAAAGUGCUUUUGAAAAAGUUCUGUGCCUAGUUUAUGGUAUGACAGGAAAGGACAAGGGCAAGUAAGCUGUGGGCUUACUUGGGAUCAUAAACAGAAAAGAUGUGUAGUUUGUAUAUAAGAGACUUUGCCCUGGACAGUAAAACUCUUACCCUUACAUGCGCUGCAGUUGCUGCUUUUGAUUUUGUCUGGUUAUCACCCUUGUGGUUGUCCCUAAAAAUUACAGGUUUGUUCAAUACAUUUGUCUGCAAGCAAGUAAAUUUAAACAGCAUUGAGGUGUUGUUGUUACAAUUCAGAGUCCAUGACAUGCUCCUGCGCUUCUAGAAGUGUCUCCUUUUCAUAGUUCAACCUGUGCUCUUGAUUGCUGUGGUGUGGUGCUAAACCCUGUUUUGCUGCCAAAAAAAAACUGCUUCCCAAUGGACCAUUUACCUGUGUGAAGCUUCUCCUAAUUGGUCAAUCAUAUGUGUCAGGUUCACCCUACACAAUGUUUCAGUUUCCGAUUUUUAAAGUUUACUCACUGCUGGCUUGGUUGUUAUGUGUAAACUUCUGAAAGAUGGGGAGAAGAGUGACUGCAGGUCCCUCUCCCCUCCUGUGUUGCUAAUCAGUCGUUUAGUGUGCAAACCACAACAACUAAAAGAUUCCCGAUUACAAGACAAGUUGUGUAGCGUUCAUUCCAGCUACUUUAACCCAAAUAUGAAAAACUGACUUAAGUCAAAAGUAGGACACAAUUUUUUUUUCAGCCAUGUUUCCUAUGUUUCUUACAUUUGACCUUUUUUAGUAUUUAUUUAUUUAUUCUUAACUCAAGGCACACAUUCAGAGUAGAUCUUGGAAAAUACAGUGUGGGAGAUGUAUGAGGAGCAGCGUGGGAGAGGGAGAGUUGAGUGGACAGGCCCUGAGCUCUGUCACAAAGAGAUUAGUCGGAGGAAAUCAAUUCUUCAAAUUGAGACCCAAGCUGUCUUCUGUUUGUUCCAUAUGAUGCAGUUUUAAGGGUGAUUUAAUAGAGAAGGGGUGGGUGAAAUGUGUUUAUUUGUUGUUUGUCAGCUUAAGUGUUAUACAGCCAGUUUUCUGGCCUGCAAGAAGAUGUCAGUGUAGAAAGAAAAGGGCUGAAGGCUUUUCUUGUCGUCUCUACUGGUUGUCAUUGUUAGGAGAAGAAAAGUGUGUCUCAAAGCCUCCUGGGAACAGUGGUGUGUGGAUGGAUAAGUGUGUGUGUGUGUGUGGCUGUUUUAUUUUUGGGCAUGAUGGUGAUCAAAGCAGACAGGCUUUCUAGAACAUUCUAGAACAUUCUGCAUAGGAGUGGGAGAGGGUGAUGGGCUAUUAAAAAAAAGCAUAAAAAUCUUUAUGCCCCCUUUUCCUUGCUCAAAUGGUCAGGGUUGUCAUGGUUACUUACGUUAGGGAUCAGUCCCCACCUCCAGCUGUGAGGUCACGGCAGUAUUUCCUGGUGGUCAGUGAGUCAUUGCUGCAGUUCCAUCAGAUUAGCACAUCAGCCUCUCAGCAGCUUUGUCCAAUUACUCUCCUCUCCUUUAUCAUCAUUAUCUCUCUGUCUCUUAUUCAAAUACACAGCUCUAAUGAAUCUGUAUGAGCUUCUGAGACACUGCAGAAGGGUGUGAAUAUUGGUCAUGAAAACCAGAGCGUGAGUGUCAGUUUCAUAUGUUUAAAUAUUCAUCAUAAGCACAAGGCCUUUGGGGGUUGUAUUGCAUGCCAUGGCUUAUAAUGUGGCAUAAAUUUGCACUUGAGACUGAUCAGGAAGGAACCUGUGUUAUAAUUAAGAUGAUUUGCUUAUUUAUUUAGUAGUUUCUCCCUGUAGUAGAGCCCUGAAGAUAAGAUUGAGUGGAUUUACAUGCACUAAAAACAGCAUACUCCAAAUUCUUAGAUCUAAGUUUAAAUAUACAAUGAAGAGAGCUGGAUUUUAGGUCAGUAAUCAUUAUUUCUCAGGCAGUAUAUACUUUUAAUUUGAUUUUUUUUUCUUCAGAUUUCUCAGUCUGUGCAUGCACGAAAACAGACCUGGAAGUAAGAAAGCAUCUUUUACCACUGCAGCCACGAGAUGGCGACAAAACACUUUCGAAGCAAUGCUAAAAUUUAAGGAUUCAAAUAAUGUUCAUAUUGUGACUAAUGCAAAAAAAAAGCAGUGGCUUGAGGUUUUUAGGUUUUACAUGACAUUUACAUCAUACACCAGUUUAUUGCAAUGCAAAAAAAAAUCCCAUUAUCUGAUUAUUUCAGAUAAUUUCAUGUAAUCACAUUGAACAGAUUACUGACUGAUUACAAACUCUGAUGUUCCGUAGUAAUCUGCUUGUGAAGCACAUGUUGGCACACUCACUGAUGAUGCACUUAUUGUUACUGUUGAUUGUUCAAGACUGUAUAACAACAGGGUGCACCCUUAUUGGAAACCCACUAGUCAUAUAUUUAGUGUUAUGAAAGGUUUAAAAAAUAAAAACUUUUUUUUUUUUUUUUUUUUUUGCUUCUUCUUGGGAUUCAUGGGAUCCCAAGAUAAACAAAUAUAUAAUAAAAAACUGACGAUUGUAUGUCAGUCUGCACUGUUUAACUAAAACUAAUGGAUUUGAGAUCAAAAGAUACAAUCAUCUUUUUUAUUAUUAUUGCUUAACUGAAUGUUUAGCCCCAAAAUUUUUAAUCCGCAAUUUUUUAUAUCAGCCAGGCUGUAGUGUGCAGUCAGAGCUUUCUGCUCUUAAGCUUAUUGAUGGCGCCUUUCACUGACUGCUCCUUCAGGCUGCAAGUACGAUCGAUAGAUUUCAGCAACAUUCUACCCAAUUACAGCUCGAGCAGUGGCAGUCCUGUAUUGAGUGCUGACUUCGGCCAUGUUCCAGAUGCCCUGCAUGGCACUACUCUUUGUGAAAGGAGGCUACCAGUCUCAAGCAAAAUGGGGUCACAUUUGGAGUCGACCCAAAAUAGGUUCUCCACAUUUAAGAGAAACGCGUGAUCACACACAGCUAGAAAGAAUGGACAAAUUAAGACAUAAUAAAAAAAGAAGGCUGGAUAAGUUCACUGGCCUUUGGUCUGUUGAUCAGCUUUUGUCUUUAUCGUAUCCUGUCAUUUCCUAAUGUGUUGUCUAACGUUUAUUUGUAUUUUUUUCCAUAGUGGUCAGUUAGUCGAAAUGUCUCAGGCUACACCACAAUUGCGUACUAAUUUCAAAUGCUUAAUAUGUAGUACAAAUAAAAGUUUCAAAGUUGAGUAAAUUCAAAUAUCCAUGGUACAUACUUAGAACAAGUCAGUUUUUUACAAGCAAUUUACAGCUUUGAAAAAUGUUAAGAGAACUGAAUCAGUUUCUCUGAUUUUGCUAUUUAUAGGUAUAUGUUUAAAUAAAAUUAACAUUGUUGUUUUAUUCUAUAAACUAAAAUUCCAAAUAAAAAUAGUCAUUUAGAGCAUUUAUUUGCAGAAAAUGAGAAAUGGUCAAAAAUAAUGAAAAAAGGACAGUGCUUUCAAACCUUAAAUAAUGCAAAGAAAACAAGUUUAUACUAACUAAGAGUUCAGAAAACAGUAUUUGGAGGAAUAACCCUGUUUUUUAAUCACAGUUUUCUUGGCAUGUUCUCCUCCACCAGUCUUACACACUGCUUACACACUCCUGGUGCAAAAAGUCAAGCAGCUCAGUUUAGUUUGAUGGCUUGUGAUCAUCCAUCUUCCUCUUGAUUAUAUUCUAGAUGUUUUUAAUUUGGUAAAAUCAAAGAAACUUAUUAUUUUGAAGUGGUCUCCCAUUUUUUCAGAGCUGUAUAUCUAUAUCUAUCUGUAUAUCUAGUAAUUUAAAUACAAUAAUUUUCAUUGUAAAUGUCCUGCACUUCAUUCAAUUAGACAGGACUAAUUACACUGUCUGUGCAGUACAUCAGCAAUUUGGAUGCAGACCCGUUUUCUGGAAGUCGAGACCCAAACACUCAUGAACUGCACGAUUACAGUAAUGUUUGUAUUGUUUGGUAAGUUUGCACCUCACUUCCAGUUGAGCAGUUGUGUAAAGUCUCCCUAGACCCACGCAGCGGUAACCUACAAACGUGUGCUACAUAUUUCCAGUGCCAAUAACUGUGAAGGUGGUUUGUGUUCAGGCACACUAAACUCACUUUCAGUACUUAUGAUAGCCAUGCUGUUUUUCCAUCACAUCCCACAACAUGUCAGUUUAACCCACUGCUUCACAGGAACUCUUACAAAAUUAGGCACAACUCAAGCCCACUUCUGGUUGUGAAACUGAUUUUAGAAAUGAAAUUUCUCACUCUGAGGUUUCGUGCACUCUCUGUUUACGUGAGUCAUCUCAGUAAAACCAUCGCUAUGGUUACAAUCAAUUUGAGGUAAUCUGAGGAUGGCUUGUUUUGACUCUCAGACUAGAAAGUAGUGACCCAGUUCCUGUUCAAGACUACAGCAAGUCUUUGUGGCUCUUUUAAUUUAGUCAGCGAGGGAGUGCUUUGAUGAAUAUCAAGGCUAGACAGAGAUUCAUGUUUAGGUUAUACUAAAAUGGGGAUUCUGAUGUAAUGAAAUCAUGCAUAGGGUUGAAUAAAGGAUUAUCCUUUAGUCAGUCAAAAAAUAAGCUGUUUCUUAUUCAUCCUUCUGUUACUAUACAGAAGUUUGCUUUACACAGUUCACUCAGAAUAUUAUUACGACCACAUCCUUGUUUCUAUACACAUUAUAAUUUUUUUUUCACCAGUGCUGAUGUAGCGUUUAAAAACUGUGUCCACUCACACUCCUUUCUAGCUGUUCCAUCUUGGAAAUGUUAAUUUAGAGACAUAAGCUCUGUGAUCUGUUGCUACACUGUUUGUGUUGGCCAUCCUCUUGUGCUUCAUUAGUGCCCACAGGACGCUGCCUCGAGGAUGUUGUUGGUUGGAUAUCUCUAAUUGGUGAACUAUUUGUGUUUAAAAACUCCAGCAGCACUGCUGUGUCUGAUCCACUCACACCAGCACCUUGCCAGUGUUAUUGGAUUGCAGAGAAUGACCCACCACCCCAAUAAUAGCUGCUCUGUGGUGGCCCUGUGGGGUCCUGACCAUUGAAAAACAAGGUGAAAAGAGGAUAAUAGAUAAUAAAAUAUCAAAUGAGUGAAACAAAUGAUUACAAAGUAAGCCUACGUGCUUGAUGCAAAAUUAGUGUAGAAACAAGAAUAUUAACAUCAUCAUAUUCUGACUUAACUGUGUAUAAGUGUUACUUCAGAUUCUGCAGCAUAGUCUUUGUAUUUUAGAACAGUAGCUUCCCAGCACUGAAUUCCCAAAUUAACACUUGGAUUUAUUAGCAGCUGCGUGGGCCAGUGGGUGUGUUUGUGGGUGAUGAUAUGUCUGAUGUGGUGCUAAAAACUCACUCAGAUGGCACACUGGUGACAUUAAUGUGCUCACUUGCUGUGCUGGCUUAUUUAGGACUAUGAAUUGCUCCCUAUAUGACACUUUCUGUUUGAUGGCAGGUUGCAUGGUUCAGGCUAAUAAAUGAGGCCAGUAUUUUUUAAAGCAAAGCUUCGUAUUUAGAUGUCGUUAGAGGUUUGGAGCUUUUUGAAUUAAAUUCCAGUUGGUUCAUUAAUUCAGCAAAUGAAUCAGAAGGCCCACAAGUACACCACUCAACAAUGUUAGAGCAUCAAUUAGACAUGAUACAGUCCAGUGUCAUGUGUAAAAACUGAGAGACGGAGGUCUGAUGCAUUUAUUUAAAGCACUUUAAGUUAAUCCUUUUCUUUUCCCUUCCCUACUUUUCUAUACCAGACUGAAGGUCAUGGACAUGACAGCAUAUCACACAAACAGCAGAAACCUUCAGUUACACUUCUUCACCUUCAGAAUGUAAUGAAGAAUGUCCUAACUUUGUGGCAUACCAAAGCUGAUUGUGAUCUUCCCUGUUCAUAACCUUGCAUAAUUAUAAAGGGCAACUCGGUGUCAUCGUAGACAAUGAAACAAACAAAAAAAAAACUGCUGGUAUAAUCUACUUAUUAAAACGAUUGAUUUCCUCAAUUCCGUCUUUUUCUCGUAUGAAGAAGAAUGUGUUUAAAUGGUGAAGUUUACAGAAUGGUUUUCUCUAUGUUCCACACAAUUUGUGAACUGAUUGAGACAUUGUUGAUUGUGCCAGGCUUACUUUGUGUGCUGUCUGGAGUUUGUACACGCUUGUACAAAAAAAAAAGUCUGAAUUACUGUGUGAAUGUGUUCAUUUACUCGGUUGUUUGCAAUUGAUUUAUCUUUACAUUGAUAAAUAAAAGGUGAAUCGGAA